GGACCGCAGCGCCGGUUAGCGUUGAUCCGCCACUGUCCACCGGUCGGACCGCGCGUACCGCUCGUUCAAGAAAGAGAUCGAGCAACGUGUUUCCCCAGGGAAGUCGGCGUGCGGUAAACGGCGUCCAGAGACGUUCGUGCGGAACAGUUCGUCGGUGACAGUGCGUUCGCGAACACACGGAUACCUUGGAAGGGCGCACGGAUUCCCUAGUGCACGCUCGCACGGCUCUCGGCCUAGCACCGCGAAUCGGUUCUGUUCGUCGUGUUAUCCGUUGGGAGAGGAAGGACCACAUUGUUAGUGUUGGCGGCACACGCGGACAUCGCGAACGGGUACACGGCUCGCCCUACUGGCAACGCGGUGUUGUCGCGCUCUCGAACGAUGAUCGUGCGUUCAAGCGGUUAGACGCAGUCGGAAUAUAACCGGGAAACCGUCGGAAACAGUCGCUUCCCGAUCGACCGAGACCGAGGCCGAGACAGACGGCCACGCUGCGAACAGGAACGGCUCGCCACGCAUCGAUUACACGCGAGGCUAGCAGAACGGAGCUGCCAUCUCAGCGACUCCUCCACAUGUGGACAUCGCCGUCCCGUCUCAGAAUCGGCCGAGCACCCAGGAAAAAGACGACACCUUAAACCGAUAGCUGUUCCCGGCAGCUACCGCGACUGGUGAACGAUGGAGAACACCAGGAGAAAGCUGUCCUUCCUUGGCUUUGGCAAAAGGGUAUCGGUCGAUGGUCAUGGCGCGGAAACGGGACCGGAACUCGACGAGGAGAUGGAGAAGGUUUUCGCGAUGGACGCCGGGGAGAAGUUCGACGUAGCUCGGUUCGGAUCGCCUUCCGAAUCGGCUGGAUCCGAUCGAGAUCGAGAUCGCGACCGAGGACCGCCACCGCGGUAUAACGAUCACGACUUCAAUCAACACCGAAAAAGAAGUUACCCGCAUCCGUACAUACCCCUGAAAAGCCUCCAUUCGAGAUCCAUGCGACGGCACCUUUCACCCGAAGGAUCCACAGCGGAAGUCGGCCAAGAAGAGGACAACGGUCAGGUACAGGUUGGCAAUGGCAGCGGACAAGGAGAAACGGAUGGAGACCCGACGGACAACGGGCUGUCGUCUAGCAGCGUGCCCGACGUCGACGAGGAGACCGCCGAGGAGACGGAAAACAUUCUCAGCAGCGAGAGCGAGGCGCCGAUCUCCGAGAGGGCUGCUUCCGGUUUCAGCGACGGUAGCCCACCGGUCGGCAGCCCGCGGGUACAGUUCGAGAAUAUCAAGGAGGAGGACGUCCCCGCGUCGAUGCAGGAUGACACGACGGCCGGAGGUGCACCCGUGGUGCCUGACGAGGACCGGAAAUGUCGGAGGCACCAGAAACACGAGCACAAAAAAGUUUUGCAAAUGGCUUGCCACUGGUACCACGUGGGAGUCACCGGCAAAUAG